UACCGUCUAUCGAGAGCAGAGAUGGAAAAAUGGAAAAAACCCUAGAUCUGAUUCUCCUUCAUCCCCCUCUCAACAAAUCUACCAAUAUCUCUUACUAAUCAUCUCCUUCAUCAGUCUCAACUAAUCUCUCCAUUCUUUCAACUCAUCAGCUGGUUUUAAAAGGGUCAUCAACGUCAGAUUUCAGAUUUUGGGCUUGCAAGGGUGGCUUUGGAUGCUAAUACACAUGUUUCCACUCGUGUAAUGGGAACCUUUGGAUACCUGGCUCCUGAAUACGCAUCGAGUGGGAAGUUGACUGAAAAGUCUGAUGUGUACUCAUUCGGGGUUGUGCUGCUAGAAUUAAUUUCCGGGCGCAAGCCUGUGGACGAAUCUCAACCUUUAGGAGACGAGAGCCUGGUUGAAUGGGCUCGGACAUUACUUAGUGAUGCACUUGACAAAAGAGACUUUGAUGGAUUGGCGGACCCAAAGCUCAAAGGAAACUGUGUACCAACUGAGAUGUUCCGGAUGGUUGAAGCAGCUGCAACGUGUGUGCGGCAUUCAGCUACAAGGAGACCUAGUAUGGGCCAGGUGGUGAGGGCUUUAGAGUGUACAGAUGAUGAUUCAGAUAUAAACAAUGGAAUGAGGGCAGGCCAAAGUAAAGUGUUUGAUUCAAGACAGCAGUCUGCUGAGAUCAGGUUGUUGCAAAGGAAGGCAUUUGGCGGUCAGGAUUAUAGUACUGAUUUUUUCAGUAUAGAUCUUUGAAGGAACAGACUGAGACGUAGGUUUACCCAAAGCCAAAGGUAAGUCUCCAUUUCUCAAAAACAAAGUUACCCGAGGAAAAUCUGUUGAUUUAUUUGUACAUGUUACGCCGCUAGUAGGACUCAAGUAUAUUUAGAUCUGUUUAUAGGUUAGGAGACCUGGCCCCUGGGUGUGAAACUCUUGAGUAAGAUCACGUUACCAUGUUCUCUAUUCUUUGCUGUCAAUAUUUUUUUUCGGAAAUGCUAUUCGGCACUCUGAAAUCUGAAUAUCACUCUAAUCUGCACACUGAUGGAUGUGGCAAACUUACGUUUACAAAAAGACGAAAUCAUGUAACGGAGUAUCUUACUUUGUCUUCUUUUAUUUUUAAUCUUUCUUUGUAGUCUUCUUUUGA